AUGACAUUCUUGCAAGCUCGGAGAAAAGAGGCGGUCAAUCGAGCCCAACCUGCUCAUCUUUUACGUGGUUUUCAGAAUGUUGUGGCUGAGGCGGGCUUGUUUGAUUUUAAAAUGGAUGGUUAUGGUUUCACUUGGGAACAUGGUAGGGAGAGUGGUAAUUUGAUAGAGGAAAAGCUUGCAUUCUUGUCUCCGAAUUAUGGCGGAGAUUUGAUUACGGAUUAUUGGCUGAGCUCUAUGGGUGUUGAUUUAGUUUCAAGACUUUCUGAUUGUGGGGAUAUCUUGUCCGUUUGGGGCAAAGAGCUUCAACAAUUGCAUAAAGCUGAGAUGGUUCAGUGUCUUGCUACCAUGGGUAAUUUUCGGGAUUCUCGAGAUGCAGGUGAUAUGCUUUCUUUCCUUGCUGCCAAAAAUCAAUUCCAUGAGCUUCUAUCACUUCGUGAACUUUACUGGAAACAAAGAGCUAAGGAAUUUUGGCUUGUUAAUGUUGAUCGCAAUACCCAUUUUUUCCAUCGUGCAGCUUCUAUCAGUAAUAAAAAGAAUAGAAUUGGUUCCUUGCAAAAUGAUCAUGGGUCUGGUGCACUUGGGAUUCGGGUUUACAAGAGAUAA